AUGACCACCGAUACUUCAAUUUCAAGCAUCAAAGUGAUGAACCAAGACCUUGUCAAGUUAGAUCGUUUCCAUGGAAUAAACUUCUCCCGUUGGCAAGGUAAAAUAACAUUUCUAUUAACUGCCUUGAAGAUUCACUAUGUCUUAGAUCCUGACUUGACACCAAUUCCAGAACAAACCGAAGAUGACACCGAUGAAGUCAAGAAGGAACGAAAGAAACAAAAGGAAGAUGAAUUGUUAUGUCGUGGACAUAUUCUGAAUACACUAUCUGAUCGUCUCUAUGAUCUAUACACUGAUACCCAGUCUGCAACAGAGAUCUGGAAAGCACUCGAAUUCAAAUUCAAGGCUGAAGAGGAAGACUCCAUGCAUAUUCUUGCACAAGUACACGAGUUACAGGUUCUCGUGAAGAAAAUAAAAGCUGUAAAAAUAGACAUUUCAGAACGUUUCCAAGUUGGUGCAAUCAUUGCAAAGUUGACACCUUUGUGGAAAAGAUACAGGAAAAAAUUAUUGCAUAGUUAUAAGGAUUUCUCAUUGGAGAAACUUCAUAAACACCUUUAA